AUGGUUUUGUUAGAGGAAUUGGGAUUACGGUUGGAACGCCUCGAGUAUCAUGUGCGUGAAGAGUUAAAUAAAGCAGCUUCGCGUAGAAUGGUUGUGCUGCAUCCACUAAAGAACCCUGGAGAACUUGACAAGUGGCUUGAUGAUUUAAACUCGAAUUCCAAAGUGGUGAUACCAUGUGCAUAUGUUGUACCAUCUCUCAAACAUGUAGAAGUAGACGACAAAUUUCAGUUCGAAAGACUUGGUUAUUUUGUGGCUGAUAAGGAUUCGACACCUGAAAACCUCAUUUUUAACCGAACUGUUACAUUGUGUGACAGCUUUGGAAAAGCCUGGAAGUAG